AUGGCUAACUCACAAGGUUUACAACAGGACGGCACGUCUUCAUCAUCCACCCUACCGGCCGUGCUGAUUUACUCCCGCCUCCCCUUCUCUUGCUGCCCACCGUCCUACGGGUUCCCUCAAGGGAAAGCUGAAAGAUUCUUCUUCUCCGACUCUCGCUUCUCCACCAUCCACACCAAGCCUACCGGAAACAGCGAUAUUCCAUUGACAACAAUGCCUAAUAAAAAAGGAUCUCAGGCUCCCCCUUUGCACCUGGGAUCGCCCAGCUUCGAUGAACUCUCUCAGAAUGUCCGCUCGCCACUGAGCCCCCAAAGCCCCAUAUCACCCAGGUCCCCUACUUCACCAUAUCUUCAAGCAUCUACUCUCCGGCCAGUGACGGGGAAAAAUCCCCCUAUUCCUCCACCAAUGAAAGCUUCUGCCACUGAAGAGAACAAUGAAAUGCCGCAAACACCAGGCAUAACGGCAAUCCCACAAUAUCCACCUUCUCCCAAGGAAGCCACUAAACAUGGGCGAGAUCCGUCGAGGUCGUUCUUUUCCAACCUCAAAGCGUCCAAGUCAAGUCACCGGCUUCAGUCGUCAGAUGGUCCGGAAAAACAGACGGCCGAUAGCAACCCCCCGCCAAGUCGAGGCAGCUCGAAUGAUAGGGCAGCAAAUAUGUCUAGUCGGGGACGGAACGGUUCCUCCACAGAUUUCCCAACUUCGUCUGGUCGUGCUGAAAGAACAAAUGGCAACCGGAAUGACGAUCAAUAUCUGCGCAAGGAAAGCAUAACUGAUCCUCACAAUUUAACGUCGAAAAAAAUCAAGCCCCGUUUCGCCAACAUCCUUACUCGAACACGAUCCAUCCGGCUGGACGAUUCGUAUGCCACUGGUAAAAGCCAUCCACCUUCAAGACGACCAUCGAAUGGUUUACUACGACUAGAGGAAAUUAGCAGAAGCAACGAUAAUACCCAACCGCCAUUGAAAACCGCACCAUUACAACCGGACAAAAUGUUCAGAGACGUGAUGGGUUCGUCCGUCAGAAACCGAUCAGCCGAUCGCCCAGCAGCUGAUGAUUAUCAUGUCAAAUCCCAGCGUCACCUAGGACAUGGAGGGUCACUGACAUCCUCCUCGUCGCUGAGCCAAGUCUCGGGGGCGUCGUUGUUUGACAACUUAAAGCAAACGUCCAGCGGUGCGGCUGAUCGUCUAGGCAAAGCUGGGAAGGGCUUUUUCGGUAAAAUCACCCGGAGCGGGAGUAGCAAUGAACGCGAGUACCCUAUAGAUGACACAUAUACAUGCAGAGUCAUCAAUCUUCCACUUGUGGAGCAAACUCGCAGGACGCGGAUUUCGAAACGGUUGGAAGCGUCGAAGGAUAAAACUGAGUAUUGGAUGCCAGCUUUGCCAUGGAGAUGUAUUGACUAUCUAAAUUUUAAAGGCUGCGAGGAGGAAGGCCUUUAUCGCGUUCCAGGAAGUGGAAAGGAUGUUAAACAUUGGCAGAAGCGGUUUGACACAGAGUACGAUAUUAAUUUGUUCGACGAACCCGACCUAUAUGAUAUCAACACUAUCGGAUCGAUGUUCAAAGCAUGGCUCCGCGAGUUACCUGAUGAAAUAUUUCCUAAGGCCACACAGGCUAUGAUCGCAGAAAAGUGUAUGGGCGCCACAACUGCCCCGCAAAUGUUGAAGGACGAAUUAUCCAAACUACCCCCCUUCAACUACUACCUCCUCUUCGCCAUAACCUGCCACCUAAGCCUCCUACACUCCUACGUCGACAAGAAUAAAAUGGAUUAUCGCAACCUCUGCAUCUGCUUUCAACCGUGCAUGAAAAUCGACGGCUUCUGUUUCCAGUUUCUAGUCUGCGACUGGAAGAAUUGUUGGCAGGGUUGCUGGACUGAGAAGGAGUAUCUGGCAAUCGAACUUGAAGCGGAAAAGAAGGGUAUGAAUAAAGAUCAGAUGGCUUCGAAUGAAAGGGAGACUGCCGUUGAGGAAAGAGCUGUCUCGUCAUCGGGCAGCAGUCAAGCUCCUAAUACCACCAACAGUAAUCAUAAUGAUAAUCAUAAUCAUAAUAAAACAAACAACAACAUCAAUGCCAACGCAGCCUCAAAUAGCGGAACACAGACGUCCGGUCGCCCGGCGAGCCCAAAACGCGGACGAAAACCAGCACCACAGAGCAUUAACAGCUCGCAUUCACGUUCUCAAUCACAAUUACCGGAGCUUGGCCCGCCGCUUUCACCCAUUAGGAUUUAG